AUGAUUUAUGCUAUUGAUUUACCAAUCUGUCCAAGACGUUUUGCUAAAUCUGAGUUAAAUGGUGUUGGUUUAAUGGAUGUUGGUACAGGUUUAUUUAUAUGUGCAUCUAGUAUAUCCGGUUCUAAAUUAGUUUGGUAUAUGAAUAUUUACAGAGGUAAUAGUAAAAGGUUUCUAGAUUGUACAUUGAAUUCUGUAGUACCAUGUUUACUUUUAGGAUUAUUACGAACAUUAUUAAUCCAAAUGUUAAAUUAUCAUCAGAAUAUUGUAGAAUAUGGUGUCCAUUGGAACUUUUUUUAUACUAUUGCACUGAUACGUGCCAUAUCACUCGUUAUGACCACUGAAAAUCCUAUCAGUAGUUAUUUGAUAACAUUUUCAUUGAAAAAACAAAUUCUGUUCUAUUACAUUGUAUCCUCUAUAUUCUUAAUAUUCUCUGAAUUUUUGCCAAUAAUAAUUUGUCCAGAGUAUUUUCAAACAAGAUGGCAGUUUAAUCCAAGAACACUACACUAUAUAAAUGAUAAUCGAUCAAAAUCUUUAUGGAUUGCUAAUUUUGAAGGUGUCACCUCCUUAUUUGGUUAUGCAUCAAUUUACUUCUUCAAUUUGAGUUCAUCACUUGUAUUUCGAUCUUAUUUGUCAACAGACACCAAUAAUGACAGUAAUAAUGGAGUAAGUUCAUUGAACAAGAGGGAAUUUCCGCGUAAUAUUCCGUUAUUCAGAUUACAUUUAAUCUGUGCUUUCAUUAUCCUAUGCUCAAUAAGUUGUUUCCACUCACUAGGUGGUAGUCAAAUGACAUCCAGACGUUUUGGAAAUUCUAACUAUGUAUUACUCAUUAUACUUCUCUCAGUCAUCUGCUUUCUUUUUCUCUCUUCGAUGAUUUCAUUACUGAUACACUUUAAAUCACUUUUCAACCUAAAUUUAAGCUAUUCUCCAUUAUCCUUGAUAAUUAAUGAUAAAGGCUUGUUAUAUUUCAUCAUUUCGAAUUUAUUGACUGGUUUCUUCAAUGUGUUUUGUUUGAAUAUUCUACAUUUGUUGCCUGAACGGGCAAAGUUAAAUGUUAUCACGGGUAUUUAUGAUGAUUUGAGUUGGGCUUCGUCACUGUUACAAUUUUUAGUGCUCUUAACCUAUUCGAGUUUAUCAGUUAUCUUUGUUUUAAUCGGUUCCUAUUACGAUUGUCUUAAAUUUCUUACUUCUAGUGUGUUUGGUAUUUUUAAAUAAAUGAUUGGUGUGAAUCAACGGUUCUUCUAAAUACAUUCCUUAAGUAAUCGGCGGCUAUACCUAAAAACUUCUGCACGCAAGUUUGCAUUCGGUUUUAGGCAAUUUAUAGACAUUUUAAGUUGACCUAAUUUAUUUUC